CCCGCAUGCUCAUUGUACCUGAGGCCUGACUGCUGCAUUUUCUACUCCCUUCCAUGCACCGUCUAUAGAACGCCCGCUGUUCCUGCAUCGCAGCAGGCUCCCACACCGCCCAGCAUGUCCUCCGCUCGCUAUGCCCCCUCCACCGCCCAUUCGAUGCCCCAGCAGGCCGCAUACUGCGCUCCAGCCCCUGUUGCUGUGUCCAAUGCUCCGCCAGGCACCUUUGCGCCCGGGACGAAAGUCCAAGUCGGCAGCCAUCGGGUUACCAUUGAGAAGUAUCUCUCCGAGGGUGGUUUCGCUCAUGUCUACCUGGUCCGCGUACCCAAGGCCGAUGGGCACACACCAGAGAUUGCCGUCUUGAAGCGAGUGGCCUGCGCAGAUAAGGAGGCGCUGGCCAACAUGCGGACGGAGGUAGAGACUAUGAAGAAGCUGAAGGGGCACCACAAGAUCGUCACCUACUUCGACUCGCAUGCCUCGCAACUGAAGGGUGAAGGCUACGAGGUCUUCCUGCUCAUGGAGUUCUGUUCUGGCGGAGGGCUGAUCGACUUUAUGAACACUCGACUGCAACACCGUCUUACGGAGCCUGAGAUCCUGCACAUCUUCUCUGAUGUUGCCGAGGGUGUUGCGACGAUGCACUACCUCAAGCCGCCGCUACUCCACCGAGACUUGAAAGUUGAGAACGUCCUGAUCACGAACGUUGGAGGCAACAAGAUAUACAAGCUGUGCGAUUUUGGCUCUACUGCGCCUCCGCGGCCUGCUGCUACCACAGCCGCAGAGGGAAGGCUGAUCGAGGACGACGUACAACGACACACGACCUUGCAGUACCGAAGCCCAGAAAUGAUCGACGUAUAUCGCAAACAACCAAUAGACGAGAAGAGUGACAUUUGGGCAUUGGGAGUGUUGCUGUACAAGCUGUGUUACUACACAACACCGUUCGAAGAAGUGGGGCAGAUGGCCAUCUUGAACGCAAGCUUCAAGUAUCCACACUACCCCCCAUUUUCGGACAGGAUAAAGAAGCUGAUAGGGUGGAUGCUGCGCGAAAGCCCACAGCAACGACCCAACAUCUACCAAGUGGUGGCCGAAACGUGUGCUAUGCGGCACCGAGAAUGCCCAAUCAAAGACAUCUACUCUGGCCGAACACAAUCUGAAGCUCGACGGAACCAGCAGCUGCCGCCCACGGAACCUCAAGUAUCCUCUCCACCAACAGUCAUUGGUAUCCAGAAAGUUGCACCUGUACAAAAGGUGCAGCACAUCCCAGAUAUCACACCAAUGAGAAGAGGGCGGCCUACUGCACCCACGCAGCAACCUCCAGCAGCGAAGCCCAGUCCGUCUCCAAUGAGAGGAACAGCUUCAGACCCAUUUGCCGCACUGGAUAGCCAAGACGUCCAGGUCCGACGCGCGGCUGCUGAUGAGCUCGCAUCGCGCUUCCCUUCUCUGGACGAAUUCUCUUUGCUCCAUGACCGUGGUCAGAAGUUCGAGUUCGGUCAAUCUCCAACAUCCGGUGACCCGCUGAACAAGCGUGUGACUGAGGCCCUUGCUGACGAAGCGUUUGCUCUUCCACCUGCCUCCAAAGUUGGUUCGGCACCUGCAACCAAGCCAUCAUCAAAGGCACCCUCCGCCACUGUUUCAAGAACUGCGUCCAUCAAGAAACCGAAGCCUUAUGAGGGCAGCGAGAGCCCUCGCACGUCGGCUUCAGCGAUACAACAGCCAGUACCAAAACGCAGUGGAAUGAUUUCCACUGGCGUGCAAACAUCGCCUGCGCCAUCUCCUGCGCCUUCACCAUACCCGGAUGUUAACAAGCGACCUAUCUGGAAAGUUCCCCUAUCCGGUCAUCACAACCGGACACAAAGUCAACCACGAACGUUUGAGAAGGCACAGGGUAGCCCAUCGCUGAAGCCCUCAGAGUUUGCGUUGCCUGCAAGACCAUCCUUGGACUCACGGUCGAGGUCUCACAUGUCGAAUCUAAGCAUCCCUAAGUCGCCUGCAUCAUCUCGACCGUCCUUGGAGGGCUCACGUCCAUCUCAACUGGACAUCGGAUAUACGAUCGAUCGCUCCAGAUCCGCGAAUUCGAAUGCUCGACCAGCGAGCAUGCACGUGGAGUCAAACCUUGAUUUCCUCAGGGAGCGAGAGUCGGCCCCGGGUCGCAAUUUCGAUGCGCCUUCGCUGAUACGUCGCACUACAUCCAAUGCCAUUGACGAUUCUGACGCAGAUUCUGAUGCCAGGAAUGUUCGAUCCAGUGUGGACUUCCUCCGCCAAAUCGAAGGAGACCCAAAUCAGAAGCACAAGCAUCGCCGCAGUAGCUCGCAGUCCAAACAUGCACGACUUGGCAGUCUGUCAUCAAUCACAAGCAACACGAAGAACAUCGUCAAGGGCAGGUUUGGAGACGCGUUCCGCCGCUUCGAGACGAACAACAAGACUCCCGAGCAAGAGCGCGCAGAGCCAAUUAUGUCACCAGUGGAACCACACCACGACUACGCAUCGAAUCACCGUGAUCUAACACCCAUUGCUGGGUCCGUCGCUUCCAUAGCUCCAACCGAGGAUGAUCGUGGGCCGAUCGAUGAGACACAAGACCUGCCGCCUGAGGUGCGUAGAGAGCUGGAAAGGCGCAGGCUCAGCGAGGAAGAGCGGCGAGUCGAGGCCGCUGCAGCCGAGUACAAGCAACGAGUCGCUUCGCAAGCACAAGGCAAGCCGCGGGCCCCUUCGAAGGCAUCAACGAUUCAAAAUCGCGUCAAGAACCUCCUCAACGAAAGCAGCAAGCCAGCACCGGUCAAUCGCACUGCAGCAGGCUACGGCAAGUACACAGAUACCGGGAAACCGCUGCCUGUCAGACCGGAAGACCAGAACGGCAUGCGCCCACCACCUGUAGCGCGUAAACCCGUUGCUGUUGGUGGACAGCAAGACCUUGCCUACACGAAACCUUCUAGUCGGCCAAACCUGCCACCGCCAGUGCCAUCGUCAUCAGCACCACCAGCGAUCAACCUGCGCGCCCCCUCUGGCCCACCACCUCGCGCACCCAAACCAAAAGCUCUGCAGACAGGCGGAUCGGCGAAUCCACCGUCUGCGCAAGGGUCACCUACCAAGCCUGCUUCAAUACGGAGCGUCAAUGUGAGGGACAAACCACUUCCAGUUAUUGCGGGCGAUGUAGCAGGUGGAGAUGAAUGGGAUGUAGAUGCGUUUAGUAAGCGUUAUCCGAGUUUGAGUGGACUGGAGAUGGUAGAGACGGAAAUCCCAAGGCGCAACGUCAGGGAUGUGUAGGUUAUGAUAAGCUCAAAAGGGACCGACUAUCGUUAUGAGGUCUCACUGUUGGCUAUUAGCGAUCUAUGAUCUCAUGUCGUAUUUGGAUGCUCAAGACGAUUUGCACAUUUGCUGUAGAGAGAGGACGUCUUGUAUACUGUCCUGUCGUACCCUAAUGCAAAAG